GUGUAUUUUCAGCACCACUCUAUCCUUAAUACUAUACUGACAUGUUUUUAAACAUUGAUAAUUACAGUCAUUUGUAACUAUUGUUGUUAACUACCAUUUCGAAUGUCAUAUUCUAACAUAAAUAAUCCUACCUUGUCGCGCUCUUUUGAGUCUACUAAUGACAACUUUCGCUCAAGAUCAAACUCUCCGGCGCAUACUAUUAGAAGCAAGACUGGUAGCGCGUUUAUUCAAGAUAGUCAUAGCAUUAGUAGUACAAAGAGCGUCAAAUCAUACCCUAGGAAAGGAACAACACUUGCGAAUGCUAAUCUUACUGUUGAAGAACAAAAUCAUUUGGAAGAAGUGCUUUCACGCUUCGAUAAAUUUCGGCAAAUCGAAGACAAACGUGUGAGACAGCUACGACAAGAAAUGAUUGAUAAACAAAAAGCUCGUAUAAAAAAUUCAGAAUCUAUCGGUGAAGGUCGAUGUAACAAUUGUAAUACUCUAUUUGUACCACUUUUACAACCGGCUAUUCGAUGUGUCAAUUGUCAUGGGGAUUUCUGUCGUAUGUGCACAGAAAAACUACCUAAUACAAAUGUUGUGAUGUGUAAAUUUUGUCGAUUCGAAACUCUGCACAAAUGUAAACUUGGAGUAUGGUUCACGGAACAACUGAAACAAGCUCGAGCAUCUGGUCGUGUACGAGGUGUUAGUGGUCCAGAAGCUCUACGUUCAUCUAUCCAACGAAUUCAACGUGAAGCGAGAUCUAACACACCUCGUAGUCGAGGAGCAAAUGUGCAAGAAUUGAUUCAACAGCAUCGUAGAUUAUCCGGUACUUUUUCUUUCGGGAAUACAAACGAAACAAAUAACUUUGGGAAAAAUGAUAAGUCAAGAUCUAUGACUCUAUUUUACCCUAAAGAUGAAGUUAAUGAAGAGCCAAAUAAAGUAUCUGAAGAUAACCAAUUUCUCAAUCGUGAUAGAGAUUAUUCAAUUUUUGACAACUGUUCGAAGAACAACGCUACAGAAGAUGCAGUGGAUGAGCAACUUGAAGUCAAUCAUCAGGAUCAACAUGUUGGAUCUACCACAACAGAGGAAAAACGUCAGUCUAGUUCGAAACCAGACAAACAAUCGAAAUCUCUUCAUUCAUCUACUCCACAGUUGAAUCAAAUAAAUAUGUCUAAAGAAGCUAAUCUUCAUAAGCAGAAUCCUGGAUUCAGUUCAUCAGAGUGUUACAGUCCAUCUUUAGGUAGUGACACUGCAUCAUUAAUGGAGAAAAAACUCAACUCCUCAUAUACAGAUUUGACACCUGGUAAAAUACCUAUAACACACCAAAAAAAUUUGGAUUCUGAAGCUGAAAGCCGCACAAAUCUAAGUGUAGCCAGUGGGGUAUAUCCUGAUAGCAUACAAAAUCCCACAAAAUUUAACUCAGUUAAAGUUUUAAAUGUUCAAGACCGACGAAAAAGCAGUUCUCUGAAUGAAUUCGAUAUUAUUCGUAUGUAUGAUUAUGAAGCUACACCUUUAUCAAAGAUAAACGAAACCGAUGCCAAUAAGGCUCGUGAAAAGGGUCUUAAUCCAGCACAGAGUUUUAGGUCGCUGUUUCACAUCGGGCUAGAUAAAAAUCAUGCCAGCCAUGCAUCCACCCUAAGUAUAUACAGCGAACGCGAAUCAAGUUACGCGCAUGGCAUUCAGAUAUCUGGAGAAAUGCUUAUGGCUGUGAUUUACGAUGAUGCAUAUAAUACACUAAGAAUCAGUAUCAAGCAAGCACGUAACCUAGCGAUAGCAGAUAGAAAACGCAACAUAACCAAUCCCUAUGUGAAAUGCUAUUUAUUACCAGAUCGAACUAAGGGUAGCAAGCGAAAAACAUCGUACAAAAAAGCAACAUGUAAUCCAGUUUAUGAUGAAGAAUUUAAAUAUCAUAUACUAAAACAGGACCUAACAUUGCGUACACUCCAAGUAUCUGUUUGGCAUCAUAAUGCAUUGGGUUUGAAUUUAUUUCUGGGUGAGAUUUUUUUACCGCUGACUUUCCAUCAGUUUGACCAAGCCUCCCAUUGGUAUACACUUGGUGAACACCGCUUCCUUCCAACAGUAUCACACUUACAAGUCAGUCGAGGUGAAAUAGUUUUAGCCAUAAAACUCGUACCAGGUGAAACAGGUAGUAAUCGGGGUGAAAUUCAUGUAUGGAUCAAAUCUGCCAGAGGUCUCAGUGCGUCUACUGACGGGAUGGCUGUAAAGAAGGAUAAUGUUGAUCCCUAUGUAAAAAUAUAUAUGUUGCCCGGUAAAGAAAAGCAUUCGAAACAGAAGACAAAGGUUGUCAGAAAGAAUAAUAAUCCAGAAUGGAACCAAGCUAUUAUAUACAGAGACAUUAUCCUUAACUCUUUAAAUGAAAUUGGAAUAGAAAUUUCUGUUUGGGAUUACGAUCGGUUCUCAUCAAAUGAUUUUCUUGGAGGAUGUAGAAUCAACUGUGGAUCACAUAAUCAACCAUGGUUGGAUGCAAUGAAUGCUGAAAAAUCAGCCUGGUUGGCUAUGUGCGAAAGACCAAAUAUUUGGAUUGAAGCAACAAUACAAUUACGAUCAAGCUUAAACUGACCAAUCUUCAUACUUGAAGGCAAGAAUUCAGUGCUUCCAUUCCUUCAUCAAUUCCAGAAAAUUUUGAUCAAUUUCCAAUAUGAAUAAAAAUUAGUGGUAUUCACAUUGUUUGUGUAUCAGAACUAAAUACUUUCAUGGAUAUGAUUUCAUUAAGUCUGUGUUCUCAUAAUAUGCGCCUGAUGUUUUAAUGGUUG